UGUAGUAUAUUUUCUUUAAAAAUAACAUUUGUUAUGACUGUUGUAAGAAGUUGAAUCAAAUGCUAUUUUUUAGUCUUUGGUAUUGCUUCAUUUAAACUUUUAAAAUCUCUUCAAUAAUUUUGGUUUUCUUCUUUAGUAAUUUCUACUUCAGACUUACUUCCUCUCAUUUCUUGUGUUGCAAUUGGAGAUAUAGUUUUUUCAAUAACUAAGAAUCUUGAAAUAAAGGAGUAGAUGGAGGAAAAAUUGACUGCUCACUCCUACCCCUCUAGGCAUGCCUGUCUAUAAUCUGAGCAAUAACUUUAAAAUCAAAAUGUGGCACAAAAGUCAGUUUUUCUUUGUUACCUUUCUUACUGUAUCUUCGUUCACUAUCCAAAGACUUGUCUAUGCUUUCACUCUUUAGCACAAACCUACAUGUCUUUAGAAGAUAUCCAAGAACCCAAGAGUGCAGUUCCUUUUUUCCUGAUUGACUCAGAAUCCACAGAUACUUCUCUUUCUACUGAAAAGAAACUACCUCUGGACCACAGAGAAACUGAGAAACAGUGGUUGCUGAGAAGAAAACGAUCUAUUUUGCUUCCUAAUGGUGUGAAAACCUGUCCAGGUGAAAGUGUGACAGAGGCUGUGGAAAACCAUGUAAAAUAUUUUAAAGUACGAGUGUGCCAGGAAGCUGUCUGGGAAGCCUUCAGGACAUUUUGGGAUCGACUUCCUGGGCGUGAGGAAUAUCGUUACUGGAUGAAUUUGUGUGAGGAUGGAAUCACAACUAUAUUUGACAUGGGCACAAAUUUUAGUCAGUCUGUGGAACAUAGAAGUUUAAUUAUGAAGAAACUGACAUAUACAAAGGAAACUGUAAGCAGCCCUGAAUUGUCAUCUCCGUUUCCUGUUGGUGAUACCUCAACAUCAGGAGGUGCUAUUCUCAGUGUUCCAUAUCCAGGGGUGACCUCCUAUGAAGGUACCUCAGAGAACAUCAAGGAGAGGCCUGAGGAGAGUAUUAGCAAUGAAAUUGAGAAUGUGAUAGAAGAAUCCACAAAACCAGCAACUGAGCAGAUUGCAGAAUUCAGUAUCCACCUUUUGGGAGAACAAUAUAGGGAAGAACUACAGGAUUCCUCCAACUUCCACCACCAGCACCUUGUAGAAGAGUUUAUUUCAGAGGUUGAGAAUGCAUUUACUGGGUUACCAGGCUAUAAGGACAUUCGUGUACUUGAUUUUAGGUCCCCCAAGGAAAAUGGCAGUGGCAUAGAUGUUCAUUAUGCAGUUACCUUCAAUGGUGAGGCCAUCAGCAAUACCACCUGGGACCUAAUUAGCCUUCAUUCCAACAAGGUGGAAAACCAUGGUCUUGUGGAACUGGAUGAUAAACCCACUGCCGUUUAUGCAAUUAGUAACUUCAGAGAUUAUAUUGCUGAGAUACUGCAUCAGAAUUUUUUGUUGGGGAACUCCUCUUUGAAUCCAGAUCCUGACUCCCUUCAACUUAUCAAUGUGAGAGGAGUUUUACUUUCUGAAACUGAAGACCUAAUUUGGAACACCCAAAGUUCAAGUCUUCAGUCAACCCCACCAUCCAUUCUGGAUAAUACCGUUCAAGCUGAAUGGCCCUCAGCAGAUGAAUCUACCACCAGCAGUAUUUCACCACUUGAUUUCAGCUCUGGUCCUCCCUCAACCACUGGCAGGGAACUCUGGUCAGAAAGCCCUCUGGGUGAUUUAGUGUCUACAGUCAAAUUAGCCUUCCCCUCAAAGGUGGGCCUCAGUUCUUCCCCAGAGGUUUUAGACGUUAGCAGCUUGACUCUUCAUUCUGUCACCCCAGCAGUGCUUCAGACUGGCCUGCCUGUGGUUUCUAAGGAAAAGACUUCUGGAUCUCACAUACUAGAAGAUGGAUUAAUCAAAGUUGAAGGGUCAGAAGAUUUUCUUUCUGUUCAUCAAUUGCCUUCAAGUCCAUUCACUCACCCGGUGCCAAAGGAAACAAUACCAUCUGUGGAAGACUCUGGAGUGUCUUUGACAUCCUCACCAUAUCUGACCUCAUCUGUCACUGUAGAUCUUCUUGCUAAAGAAGUAACUAUACCUUCUGGCUUGGACUCUUUGGCCUCCAAAGUCAAAGACCAAUUAGAAGUGAACACUUUGAUGCCAGACACAUCCAUAGAAAAAGAGUUUAUAUAUGAGAGUGGUUUAGGUUCAGGGUCUGGGCAAAAGGUAGAUCAGAUUACUUGGCCAUGGAGUGAGACUUCAUUAGAGAAGAGUUCUGAACCACUGUCUAAGUCAUGGCUUGAAGAUCAGGAGUCGCUUUCGCCAACUGAGGGUAUAGAUGAGAAAUUAGUUAUAGAUGACAAAAUAGAUUCUACAGGGCAAAGUAUUGACUAUUUAAAGUAUGGGCAUUUUGAUAGAUCCACAAAGUUUCUAGAGGAAGAGCUCAUUGGUGGACCUACUAUGCCCAUCUUUGCAGAGACCACAACUCAAUCUGCAUCUCUAAUUCUUUCCAAGGAAAUAUCAGAGGUACCUGACAUAGAUUAUUACUCAGUUACUAAUGCACCUCUUCUACUGACAUCUAUAGCAAUCUCUGCUUCUACUGAUAAACCAGAACUACCAUUUCUAAAGGAGGAUAUGGAACAAACUACAGAGUCAUCCAACCACGAAUGGUUUGACAACGAGGUUUCAGUAAUGAAGCCAGAUAUGCAACAUUUGGGGACCAUAUUGCCAGAAUCAGAGGUAUUUUGGGCAGGAACUUCUUCCCUAGGGAAAUUGUCUAGAGACACACUGGCAAGUACACCACAGAGUACUGACAAGCUCUGGUUGAAAUCUUCCAUGACACAGUCUACCAAAUUGUCUCCAACCACAAGCUCCACCCUGCUAGAGGAUGAAGUAAUUAUGGGUGUUCAGGAUAUUUCAUUAGAACUGGACUGGAUAGGCACAGAUUUCAAUCAGCCUGAGCUAAUCCCGGAGGAAAAUGGCAAGGUUGGUAGUUAUGUGGAAAUGUCUACAAAUGUUCACUCCACAGAGAGGGCUAUUGUGGUGCAGCCCACGGAAGGAGGUGACUUGAGUCAUACCCAGACUGCAGGAGCUUUGUUGGUUUUCUUCAGCCUCCGAGUGACAAACAUGCUGUUUUCAGAAGAUCUGUUUAAUAAAAACUCUUUGGAAUAUAAAGCACUGGAGCAAAGAUUUUUGGAACUGCUGGUUCCCUACCUCCAGUCAAAUCUCACAGGAUUCCAGAAUUUAGAAAUCCUGAACUUUAGAAAUGGCAGUAUUGUGGUAAACAGCCGAAUGAAGUUCGUGAAGUCUGUCCCUCCUAAUGUCAACAAUGCUGUAUACAUGAUUCUGGAAGACUUUUGCACCACUGCCUACCAGACCAUGAACUUGGCUAUUGAUAAAUACUCCCUUGAUGUGGAAUCAGGUGAUCAAGCCAACCCUUGCAAGUUUCAGGCAUGCAAUGAAUUUUCUGAGUGUUUAGUCAACCCUUGGAGUGGAGAAGCAGAGUGCAGAUGCUACCCUGGGUACUUGAGUGUGGAAGAACUACCCUGUCAGAGUCUCUGUGACCUACAGCCUGACUUCUGCUUGAAUGAUGGAAAGUGUGACAUUAUGCCUGGACAUGGGGCCAUUUGUAGAUGCCGGGUGGGUGAGAACUGGUGGUACCGAGGUGAACACUGUGAGGAGUUUGUGUCUGAGCCCUUGGUCAUAGGCAUCACCAUUGUCUCCGUGGUUGGACUUGUCCUCAUCUCUUCGGCUCUUGUCUUCUUCCUUGUCAGGACUCUUCAGGCUCAUUAUGUUAGGAGAGAAACAGAGAGGCCCAUCAGCAGGCAGCCCGACAGCCUUUCAUCCAUUGAAAAUGCUAUUAAAUACAAUCCUAUGUAUGAAAGCCAUGUGGCCGGACCCAAGCAGCAUGAGAAACCCUAUCCUCAGCACCCCUUCUCCAGUUCUGCAGGUGGAGAGAUGAUUGGUGGUCUGAGCAGGGAAGAAAUCAGGCAAAUGUAUGAGAACAGUGAGCUUUCCAGUGAGGAAAUUCAAGAAAGAAUGAGAAUAUUGGAACUGUAUGCCAGUGAUCCUGAAUUUGUAGCUUUUGUGAGAGAACAUCAAAUGGAAGAACUUUAAUCAAAACUUGUAUUUUGAAACUGACCAGAAGCCUAGAGAAGAUGGAGAUCACUUCCUACCUAUGUCAUAUAAUUAACCUGGAUUAUGAACUCUGUUGGAAGAAGAAUUUUCACUUAAAAAAUUAAGUUUGGGGACCAAAUUUUUUUUCUAGCCUAAAUUUCAGAAUGUAGUAAGAGAUGUGACAGUUUUUAUACCUACAAAGACCAAAAGCUGUAUUUAAAGAAACUGAAAACUGUAUGAGUUCUGGAAAGUAUUCUACAAGGAAAAAAUGGCCUGGGAGUUCGGGCUGCAUUUGCUGUCUGCUUCUGAGUCUCUGAAGGUGUGUCUGAGUAACUGUGGCUCAGGGUUCCCUGGAGGAAGAUAAGGCAAGAUUCUCACAGGAGGAGGCAGGUUUAGUAAGUGAAUAUUUUGUAGCAUGUUUGUUAUUGUUAGGUGGAAUGAAGCCUUUGAAGUAGUUUUAAUAGAGUUUGUAGUCAGACACUCAUCUAAAUAAAAAAUAUUGGUUUUUUGGCAAUUAGACUGCUGAAGAAAAAACCACCUUUUUGCUGUAGUAUAGAGUCAGGCUUGUCAUUUUUCUACCAGAGUUCUGAAUUUCCUGAGCAUGUGAAUCAAGACCACAUUUUUGUUAAGUAUGUCAGUAUCCUUUUUUUUAGUUGUCAAGGACAAUACAUAUGUAUAAUGUUUAAUGGGUUCCCGUUAGACUGCAGAUGAAUUUAAUCAUGUGGACAGGGAGGGAGUGGGCACUGGGUCAAGGCCCUGGCACUGAGAAUAUACUUUGCUGAUUGGUGGGUGGACUGAGUCGAGCUAAUGGGCUCCCUGACUCUUCGUCUGCUCUCUCAUGUUGUCCUACGCAAGUCCUGGAUCUUCUCUAGUUCCUCGUAUAUUAAUUUGGAAAGCAGCACCAACUACCUCACAUAGUGUAGGUUAGCUUGUUUACAUUGCUUCUCCUUUAUGUAGUAGCUCGUUUCUAAAUUCAUUCCUGCUUACAUGAAACAUGACAGGACUUUCAUUGCAAUUAAAAAUUUUUAAAAAUUAUAUAGGUAGGAAAUGUCCACAUAUUAUAUAAAUCUUAGUUGAAAAUGGAAGUUUUCCUCUUUCUCUCUAGUAUGUUUUCGAAUGGUAGCUUUGGAGGGGGCAAGGAGAGGGCCAAAUAAUCUUCACUUUUAAUAUCAAAUUGCAUAUAAAAAUAGCUUAUUAUUGAUAUAGUUAUUUUAUGUUAGAUGUCUUCAUGUUUGCCAAAGACAAUCUUGAACAUUUCGAUUUCUUGCCAGAUAGAACUAACCAGGAUAGAUUGAGUAUAAGAGAAAAUAUUUGCUUCACUUGUUUUUUUUUUCUUAACUUGAUGAUUGCCGAUGUCACUCAUUAUGGAGGCACCCAGAACUAAAUCUCUGAGUAAAUGGCACAGUAAAGCUAUUGAAAGUCUAGAAGAUAUCCAGGUAGUUUGCAAAGUAUGCAUGGUAUGUGUUUGUAUGAAGGUUCCCAUAUCUCGGUAUUUCUUUUCAUUUCCUACUCACUUAAUGGAUUUUCUACAAGUUCAGUGUAGAUACAAGCCACUGCUGGGACAUUUUCUACUGGGCUCAUUAAUUUAAAAGGAAUUGAUGAUUAUCUUUAAAACAUUAUAAAUGUUAAUGAUAUUUGCCACUACUAAAUGUUUAAUUUUAUUUCUAAAACUUCCAAAGAUUUCUGUUUAACUUUUUUCUGUUUUAAAUUUUUUUCCUAAACUUGUAUGUGUUAAAUGCAAAGAUUUGUUUUUAUCAUACAUUAACCCUAGAAUGCAACCAUUUGAAUGUCUGCUUGCUGGCAGAGCUCUAUCUAGAUGGGCUUUGGAGCCUUGUACAUAUAGCCUUUAUAACUGAGUGUACAUACACAUUACUGUUUUCAUGGGUCUGGAUGAAGGGGAAUUUAUUUGAUAAAUAAGACUCAGUUUCUACCAUGGCAAUGUUUUUUUUUUCUUUUCUUUUUUUUAUUAUUAUGUUAUGUUAAUCACCAUACAUUACAUCAUUAGUUUUUGAUGUAGUGCUCCAUGACUCAUUGUUUGUGUAUAACACCCAGUGCUCCAUUCAAUAUGUGCCCUCUUUAAUACCCAUCACCAGGCUAACCCAUCCCCCCACUCCCCUCCCCUCUAGAACCCUUAGUUUGUUUCUCAGAGUCCAUAGUCUCUUGUGGUUCAUCUCCCCCUCUGAUUUCCCCCCCUUCAUUCUUCCCCUCCUGCUAUCUUCUUCUUUUUUUUUUUUAAACAUAUAAUGUAUUAUUUAUUUCAGAGGUACUGAUCUGUGAUUCAACAGUCUUGCACAAUUCACAGCACUCACCAUGGCAAUAUUUUAAGAGUAUUUGUUCACAUUUAUGUGCCCUAAAGUCCCAUUUACUACUUAAUAAAACAAGUGUAGGUUUUACUUGGUUUUAUUCCCACUUCUUUGUUUUUUCUUCUCCAGUAUCUAGUUACUAUGGGUUGGCGGCUCCCCCUAUCUCUCCCCUUUGUUACCACAUAGUGAAUUAUAAUGUAGUUGAACAACCUGACUUAAUAGUACUUCUUUUUUUUUAAAGAUUUUAUUUAUUUAUUUGACAGAGACACAGCGAGAGAGGGAACACAAGUAGGGGGAGUGAGAGAGGGAGAGCAGGGAGCCCAAUGUGGGGCUCGAUGUGGGGCUCGAUCCCAGGACCCUGGGAUCAUGACCUGAGCCGGAGGCAGAUGCUUAAUGACUGAGCCACCCAGGUGCCCCAAUAGUACUUCUGACAAAAAGAUGGAAACUUCACAAUUACUUUUUGUAGGCUUUAAAAAUAUGUUGGCUCAAAGGAUACCUGAUUUAGAUAUGCUUGUUUUAUAAGUUUGCCUUCCAUUUCAUGAUUUUUAGGCAGCUGGUUUCAUUGUAUCAUUUCCAUGUUUUCAAUAAUGGAUACUCUGACAUCUAUCAGUCUGUGAAUCGCAUUUUUAUUUUGAAAUGGGAAGAAAGGCAACAUAUUUAUUCCGUAAGGAAAUAGCUGAUUUAGGAGAAUAACUUAUCUUUAUUAAAUGAGAUGUUUUAACCAAGAAAAAUAUGGGUCAGUUUUUUUUCUUUCUAAAAUGUCUCUAACAAUUCCCUGUAGGAAUGGGUGGGACCAGCCUUCCUCAUUUACAAUCCAGCUGUGAUGAAUAAUGGAGCAUAGCUCAUUCUAUUCCCCAGCAUGUAAUAAAUGCAGAAAAACAGUGUGAAAGGCACAAUCCUCAAAUCAAUUGCGUUUUGUUACACAAAAGAUCCUGGCUGGAGGAGGUAAGGUGGGAGGGUACCAGAAAGUAAUUGAUGAUGUAAAGAAUCUGCCUGGGAAUUUUUUUGACUAAUGAAUUUUAUAAAAUCUUACGCUACUAUGAAUUAAUAAGAUGCAGGUUAAACCACCCUCCUCAGGGUAGUUAAACACAGAUUAAAAUGCUCCACUAUGAAAUUUACAGCUAUAACCUAGAUUAAAUGAUCCCUCAUUCUGGCUUUUCUUUUUCUCACUUACAUUUAAUUAUUUCUUUAGUUAUUAAGGGUAUAAAUAGGAAAAAAGUAAACGUGGUAUUAGAGAAUAAAGGCAUAAUUAUUUGUGUGUCAGAAUUAUGAUGAUUCUGAAGCGAUUGUGUAUAUGCCAUAAUAUAUAUUCAGUAUGGGGUAUGGAUAAUGAAAGAUUCUUCUUUUUCAUCUUAUUUAUAAUAUUUUACCUAAAGUAUAGAUCAGGUAAGUUCAUGUUACUGUACUGCUUUCUUGAAAUGCUCUAGUCUUAAUCUUCGCUAAUUAGAAAUAAAAAUGUAAAAAUCUUUAUAUAAAAGUCUUUCUUUUCUCAUGUAUAUAAUUGUGCUAUUUUUAUUAUUAAUAAACUUCUCUUUUUUUAUUUUAGAGAGAGAGAGAGUGAGCAGGGGGAGGGCAAAGGGAGAGGGAGAGAGAGAGAAUCUCAAGUAGACCCUGAGCUGAGCGUGGAGCCCUAUGCGGGGUUCAAUGCUGACCUGAGCCAAAACUGAGUCGGCACUUAACAAACAGCCACCUGGGCACCCCAAUAAACUUCUCUUUUAAGAACCUCCCUACAUUUUCUUUUGUCAGUUAGAAGAAAACAUUGUAGAUUGUAGGAACAGUUGUGUUGUAAUUACCAUUCAGAGAUACGCACAAUGUGAACAUGGUGUGGAAAUGAAAAUCAUUCUUCAAUUAAUCUUCAUGUAGUGAGAAUGUAGGGGAAUGGAAGACAAAUUUAGAGCCCAAUUUUUGCCUUAAAUUUUAUUGAUAGUUAAUGAUGCUCAGUCAUUAUUUGACCUCUCUUGAACUCUACUCUUUUAAACUCUUAGAAGUUUUCAUUUAUUCCUCAUUUGCUUAAGGCAGGGAUGGAAAGAAAACUGAUGGAGUUAGUUAAAGAAAGAUUGGUAGGGGAUGGUAGCUAGCACCAGCUGUUCUGUAACUGGAGAAGGAAUUGGUGAUCUGUCUAAAAAGAACAGAUAACACAUAAAUACGGUAUUAGCAGUCUAAAGCAAUCCUGCAUGGGAAAGGCAGAAGGAAAAUCAGCUACCACCUACCUAAGCAUCAGCAUCAGAAACCUCAAUUUUCACUCUCUUUCCUUCCUACAUUUGCAUCUUGGCUUUCUGGCAGUAGGGCAUGAGGAAAUCCUAAAUCAAUCUUAGAAAGAGGAAGAUGGUCUUAAUUUGAUUCCAAAGACUGUAUUAAAUGUGUCUAAUAAAAUUGCCUGUUAACUGAUUAAUUAGUGACCUCGUUUUAGUUACUAAUUAGGAGAAACAGUGAGUAAUAACCCUAUUUUUAAUAAGUCUGGUCAGGGUAAGUGCUAGUUACUGUUAGCUCUUGCCCUCACGAUACUGGUCGGCUCUCUAGGUCCUUCAGUAUAUGUCCCAUCUGAGCUAGUUCUUGAUGGGCUGUGUUCCAUGAACUAAACUAAUUAUCUUCUCACCAACACACACACAUAUUUUGUGUCCCCCCCUUUUAAAAAAAAGAUUUAUUUAUUUUAGAGAGAGAGAGAGAGUGCACGUGUGUGAGUGCAUGAGUGGGGGGGGGGGUGGGGGAGAAGGAGAAUCUCAAGCAGACUCUUCACUGAGUGCAGAUCCUGACACAGGGUUCAAUCUCAUGACCCUGAGAUUCUGACCUGAGCUGAAAGCAAAAGUUGGAUACUCAACUGACUGAGCCACCCAGGUGCCCCAUGUCUCGCACCCCCACCCUCCCUCGCUUUUUUGGUGCAAAUAAAUCUCUGCUAAGGUGACAAAAGCUGUUAAGGAAUCAUGAUUUUUUUUUUUUAAGACUUUAUUUAUUUGAGAGAGAGCAUGCACGUGGGGAGGGGCAGAGGGAGAGGGAUGAAGAAUUUGAAGCAGGCUGCACACUGAGUGCAGAGCCCUAUGUGGGGCUCAAUCCCAGGACCCAGAGGUCAUGACCUGAGCCAAAACCAAGAGUUGGACGCUUAACGGACUGAGCCACCCAGGCACCCCAAGGAGUCAUGAUUUUCUAAGUAACACCUAAAUGGUAUGUGGGCUUUCUGGAUAUAAACCAUUUUUCCAAGUGAAUAACUGUCAUUGUCAAUAUUGCACACACCAUGGUGGGUUUGGGGAGGAAUAUGCAUAUUUUCAGCGGGCUGACCUUUGAAAGAGUCUCAGAAAACUAACAAAAACUCCUUUCGUGCCCCUUUCUGUACCAUGUACAUGCUUUCAUUCCAUUAUUCACCAACACUGUUUUAUAAUUCUUUUAAAUUUGUGUCACUGACUUUCCACUAAACUGAGUUCUUUGAUGUUAGAGUCAUGUCUUCCUAAUUUGUUAUUCGUGAAACCAAAGAAUGGUUUGUCUACUCUAGACAGAGUUUGUCUACAGUAAUUAUUAAUUCAGUUGGCUUGAGAUAAUGGGCCAUAUGGAGAUACCUAUUUAUGACCAGCAAGCAAAGGAUUAAUUUGCAUUUUGAGAACAAAUUAGGUGGACCUAUGAGUGGUUUACAAACUGUUUGGAAAGAAAUGAUUUACAGAAAUUUUAAAAUAACCAUACAUGUGUCAAGAGAUCAGCUUCAUGCAUUUAUAUCUAUCUUAUUCCAUCGAAUUAUUCACAGAUCAUAAAGUAGAAAGCAUUUUACAAAAACUUAUCAAUGUAUGGACCUUUACAACCAGAUGUAGUAACAUAUCUGGGUUUCUCAACCACAGACUCAAGCAGGAAGCCGGGAUGAAGAGGAAGAGUGUGAGGAAAUGUGCUAGGAUAGUAGAUAUAAGCUUCCCAUGUAUGGCUGGUGAAGGAGCGAAGAUUGGGGAGCUUGUAGAGACAGGUAGGUUUGUAGGAACAAAAAUUUGACUUUACUUUCUGUUGAUAGAGUUGGGAGCAUAAUGCAUAUAGAAGGCAUUGUUUAAUCUUAAAAUA